UUGCACGUACCUAUUCGUAUGUAUAUGUACUACAUCACAGAGUCGACUGAUUAGUGAUUAAUGAUUACUGAUUACGACAUUCGGACUUUACGAAUGGGGUAGGAAAAAUCUAAAAAUCUUGAGCUCCAAAUACGAGCACGAGCACGACAUAAAAUGUGUACCAACGUAGAAAAAAAAAACAAAACACGACAGAGAAACUACCAACUCGCAACAGUUUUCAUCCGUGGUGCUAUUGUCAUCGGCCGACGAUACCAACUCGAAUCACGAUGAACUGGAUUUGUGCAUGUGCGGGCAAGAUUCGAACGACGAAAUGACGCAAAUGCGACCGCGAGCACAACAUAAUCGAACAGCAUCCGUGUGGCAAUGUUUUAUCGGAUGUAGACAUAAAUUUGACCAGCAAAUAGCAAGACGUCGGGUGGAACAAGGACUAAGAUUGUACAAUAAAAAUAAACAGAAAGCAGCCAUAUUGAAAUGGCAUAGCGCUCUUAAACAAAUGAGAAAAAGAAACGACAGAUUUAUAUUGUUAGGCUACCUAUAUCACGCUUACAUGGGAUUUGGCAAGUACAGACAGUGUUUAGAAUUCGCGCACGCUCAGCUGACAAUCGCCGAAGAAAUGGACAGUCCGAAUUUCAGAGCCGAAGCGUACUUGAAUUUGGCCAAAGUUGACGAAAGAAUGGGCAAUUUAGAAAGGGCGCUAUCUUACGCUAAGCACUCGUUGUAUAACGAAUGCGAUCAUUGCCAUACUGCCGCUCUCGUUCAAAUAACUCUGGGCAGUUUACAUUUGGAAUUGGCUACGUUUUGCAAAGCCUUGAGAGCUUUCCAACAAGCGCACACCAUCGCUCGCAGAAUACAGGAUCGUUCUUUGGAAUUACAAAUAUACAUGCGUUUGUCGGAAUUGUUCGGUCGUCUACAAGAUGCAGAUAAAAGUGCUACGUACGCUUCCAAAGCGUACAACUUAUGUAAAACAUUGCACGUGAACGAAUUGAAUUCUCGUUACCACAGAGCCGCAUUAUUGCAGAUGGCUUGUGCCUUACGAAAACAAGGAGAACUCGGCGAUGCGCACGACUAUUGCAGUGAGGCGACCAGGCUUGCUCUUGUUUCAGGCGAUCAACCGUGUUACGCGAAAAGUAUUAGAAUAAUGGGUGACAUAUAUAGGAAGAAAAUGGAAAUCGGAAACGCGUAUCGACAAUACGAAAGCGCCAUGAAUUCGGCUUUCUCGAUGGGUGAUCGUUUAUGCCAGAUCGAGGCGAUGGACGGAGCUGCCAAAUGCUUAGAAGUAUUGAGAGCUCAACGUAAAAUAUGCAACUGUCGGCCGCUGGAAUUCAACAAUAAAUUAUUGCAAACUGCCUCUAGAAUAGGAGCCAAGCUUAUGAUGCGAGCUAUACGCAUACGUUUAUGUAACAUCUAUGAAAGUUUGGGAGAUAGCGAGCAACUAGACCAACACGAAAAAGAAAUACAAAAUUUGCAAGAGGAGUUGGAAAUGAUUUGCGGAGCAUGCGACAAUGCGUUCGGAUUUGAAGCCGACUCGUUGGAAGCGUUACCUUGCGCUCACAUACUUCACGCCAGGUGUUUGUACGAUAUGUUGAACAGCAGAGACAGGAAGACAAAUCGAACGUGUCCGGACUGCGAUAAAAUCGUAUCGUCUACGUUAUACCUGCAGGACUACGAUAAGCCGUCAACUAUAUCGCUGGAAGCUUCGUUCUUUCGCUAGAACAGUAAAAACAGAUUAAAACGCGCUACCUACCAACAACAUGUACUGAGCGACGCAGCUGAAUUUUCAUAUAUUUUUUGCAAUUGGCCAUUACAAACCGCAGGCUCGGCGGCGCAGACAAUUUACGCCUAUAGCACCGAUCACCAUUAAGCUACUUACGUUCGCACACUUACACGAUAGGCUAUCUACGAAUACCUAUUGAAUUUCGUUUGUUACGUUCAUCCGCUUAUCCAGACCUACCUACCUACCAAUCUAUCUAUCUACCCACACUUCACUCCAUCUCACACUUGUAGCCCACAACAUGUACCUUGACCUACGUAUGCAGUAAAAAAUUGUUUUGUUUUUCUUU